GUAAGACAGAAUUAACAGUAACAGUUUAUUCAAAGUAAACAUACUUUUUAUUUCUUAGCUUAGAUAAAAUAGAAUGAUUCACCUUUUGAAACAAAUAAUACCAGCUUUUGAAGUUAUUUCGGUGAUUUAGAAAUCUUCGGAAAAAAGAGUACUGAUCGAAUUUCUGUAUUCUUUGUACAGUACAGUAGUUAACCAAUUAACACUAAUCCGUAGCUCAUUAGGAUGCUCAUUAAUAACGAUUGUAUUUGAUCGAUAAUUUGUAGACAUUGCUUGAAAUUUCAGCUUCAAAUUACCUGUAACAAAUUAAGCAACUACUGAAAAUAGAAUGAUUAGCUAACUAUUAAUUUUUAAUUAACUUUGAUCCAAUGAUAGUUUGAUAAUUUAUUUGGAAACAGCCCUUAAACUCUCAAGGUCACUGUGACAUAUAUAUAAGACCAAUUAGACCAUUGUAAUAAAUUAAUCAAAGUAAACUGUAACCAUUUAUAGUUGUCUCAUUUAACUUAAAUAUCUGAUAUAUACCAUAUUUAUCUUCACUCCCAUCAGUGAUUAUAAAGUUACUUGUACAUAAUCUAUACGCACAUACUAUUGAAUCGUAGAUACAGACCAUUAGAAUUUAGUGUUACACAAAAUAUCCUAAAAAUUGAAUUUUAGAUAAUGUCAGACAAAAACACUUGGCAAUAAAUUACUGAGUACAUGUUUCUCAUUUAAUUUACUAUUUACUGUCAAUCACUAACCUAUUACAUUGUCCUUGUGGUUUUAAACGGAAUUUUUAUUCACUUCGGUGAGAUCGACAAGAUCUUCAAAGCAACAUAAACUUCUUGGAGACUUUAUGAACGUUCUAAUUGAUGCACUCUUACGUUUGUCAUGGAUAAUGAUAUUACUACCAAAAUUCUUCCAUUCACAAGCUCAUGCAAAAGUCACCAUUGACGAUGAUACUGGUUACUUUGUUGAUCCACAAGGAUUUAUUAAAUUAUUUCAUGGAAUCAACUGUGUGCAUAAAGUCGCACCAUUUUACUUUCCAAAACUACUUGACCCUCAUUCAUUCAGAGUACUUAGAGAUUGGGGAAUUAAUGUUAUACGCUUAGAAUUCAACUGGAUAGCAUUAAAACCACAGGAAAACGAAAUCAAUCGAGAGUACUUAGAUAUCAUUGAAAGGAUUAUCGACAAUGCUGGAUUAUAUGGAGUUUAUAUCAUCAUUGAUUUGCAUCAAGAUGGAUUAUCGAAACGUCUAGGUGCAAUUGAUGCUGUGCCUAAUUGGUUUAUGGAUAAAAUAAAGCGACCACCAUAUUUAUUUCAAUACCCUUGGCCACUAACGAAAGAUCCGAGUAAAAGCCAAUGGUUUCUAACGUACGCCACAUAUGAGAGUGCACAUGUAUUUGAAAGUAUAUAUAAAAAUGUUUCAGGAAUAUGGAAUUAUUUUGCAGAAUAUUGGAUGAUAACAACUAGUCGUUUCGGGAAGAAAGAUAAUGUUUUAGGUUAUAAUUUGAUAAAUGAACCACCACCUGGAAAUUUUUAUUUAAAUCCAUUCCUUCUUUUGCCUAAUAAUGCAGGUCACAGUCUCUUAUCAUUUUAUGAUUAUUUGGUAAAUGUUAUUCGCCAAACAGACAAGAAUACAUUGAUAUUUUACGAGAGUGUAACUUAUGGAAUAUAUUUUCCAUUUGUUAAUGGAAUACCUGGUACUGGUAUCCAUCGUGUUCCCGGUUUAUUACAAGAUGAGACGGCCAGAAAGAAGAGUGUAUUAUCUUAUCAUUACUACUGUUGGUUGUUGGAAUCGACACCAUCUACAGAGAAUAUGCCAUCAUGGAAACGAUAUUUGUGUGAUAAACUUCUCUUGAAUUAUGCAUUGAAUAAUGCGAGAAGUAUAGUUAAAUACACUGGUGGAGGACGGUUUUUAACAGAAUUCGGUCUGUGUCUUCCUGAUGGCAAUCCAGAUUCAAUAAAUACGGUUGAAUGUAACGCUGUGAUGAAUGCAGCCGACAGGAACUUCGAAUCCUGGACUUAUUGGGACGGAAAUGAAUUAUUUCCCAACUUAAUUGUAGACAACAUUUCCUUGAGAUCAUUCAGUCGUACAUAUCCACAAUCAACUGCCGGUCAACCUGUCAAACUGAGAUUCGAUGUCGAUUCAGGUGUGUUUUAUUAUGCUUUUGUACCCACACAGAAGUAUUGUACAAACGUGGACGCAUCAUUGUUAGUUGCAGAGAUUUUUGUUCCAAUGUCGAUUCAUUAUCCAUAUGGAGUGAGAACUCGUUUUGUACCAGAACAAUUAUAUUAUAAAAUGUAUGAAAAUAAUACUAAUUUAAUGUUUGUCUAUGCACCAUGUACGUUGAUCAACACAAAUAUUGAACUUAUGGAAAUAACGAUCAUACCAAACCAAACACAAUAUAAUCAUUCAGACAACAAUUAUAGUCAUUUACCAACUUAUUCGAAAUCUGUAUCAAUAUUGUUAAUUGUGAACUCCUUGAUAUUUUCACAUCUUUCAACAUAUUUUGACUAAACUAAAGAAAUAUCACAUGAUAAAAUUUGAAUCAUUACUGUAAUACACCUAGACUACAAUAAACUGCAUGCGUUGUGUCAAACUAAUAACACAUUAAUCAUUUUGUUCAUUGACCAAUCACAUAUUACAUUUAUGACUGAAUCGUAAGAAAUUGUGAAAAAGCAGACGUUCAAUGUUCUCCAAUUCCAAGUGAUUAUCAUUACGUUUACGUUCAAAUGAUUAUGACGUACAGUUAAAUUAUUUAGAAAAUUUCAAAUACCACAAAAAUAAAAUGUUUCUCAUCAAAACCCGUUUUCGUUUUCAAUGCCUUAAUAUUCUAUAUAUUCGACAUGUUUCAAAUUUCCCUAUUCAUUAAAUUCUCAAUUGUUAACGUGAUCUUCUGUAGAUGUGAUCAUAAAAUAGUCACGUAUUUUCUAUAAAACAUAAAAGUCUGUAUAUAUUGUUGUUCCAAAAAAUGCAUAUGUGGUAAUGAUAUGUGUUAAUCAACGACUAGAUUGAUAAGUUAAAUUCUUUAUCAAGUCGUAACACAAGAUUCAGUUCAUCAAUUUUUUAUUGUUAUAGAAAUAUAAGACGUGGUUACAUUUCUUCUCAUAAGCACUUGAUUCAUCCAAACAGCAAGAAUAUAGCUACGCAUACAAUACCCACCUAUUGCCACUUGUAACUCACGCUAGAUGAAAUUAACUGUUAACUGUACUGAAGCAUCAAAUCACUCAAUUGAUAUACGCGCAAAAUCGAAGUUCACGAGUCAACGAUUUAUCAGAGAUAGCGGUUCUUUAUUGAAUAAUGUACGAACAUUAGUUACACACCUCAACUUGUGAGGUGUCUGAGGCGUUUACCAUGUCCUUUUGUCUGAAAUAAGAAGGCUUUGAUAGUGCAAAAGUGACAGCCGUUGGCUGUAUCAUAACUUCAUAACGGUUUAUUAACAAGCAAGUGAUAUGGAAACUGUUGCGUUUAAACAAGGGUUAAACGACCGCGAGAAAUUGCGAACAACUGAUACAAUGAUUGAUAUAAGUAAUUAAAAUGAUAAAUACAAUAAAUGUUAUAAGAAUAUGUAAAUAUUUGACAGUAUUACACGACCGACUUGCGUUACAACAUAAGCGUAGAAAUUGCUAGGAAUACUUCUAUUUACUAAAUAUUAAUAAGUACUGAAAAAUAAUACGUAAACGAUUCGAAAUCAAGUGAAGUGAAUAAGGACAGAGAACGUAAGACAGAAUUAACAGUAACAGUUUAUUCAAAGUAAACAUACUUUUUAUUUCUUAGCUUAGAUAAAAUAGAAUGAUUCACCUUUUGAAACAAAUAAUACCAGCUUUUGAAGUUAUUUCGGUGAUUUAGAAAUCUUCGGAAAAAAGAGUACUGAUCGAAUUUCUGUAUUCUUUGUACAGUACAGUAGUUAACCAAUUAACACUAAUCCGUAGCUCAUUAGGAUGCUCAUUAAUAACGAUUGUAUUUGAUCGAUAAUUUGUAGACAUUGCUUGAAAUUUCAGCUUCAAAUUACCUGUAACAAAUUAAGCAACUACUGAAAAUAGAAUGAUUAGCUAACUAUUAAUUUUUAAUUAACUUUGAUCCAAU